GCCCACUGGCGUUACCUGGGGGACCGAGCGGGCAGCGUGAAGGAGUUGGUGCUGCAGCCCGCCCUGGCCAUCUUGCCCCUGCUGCCGCUGUCAGCUGCCCGCACUCUGGUUAGGUCUGCAUGCGCUCGGCACGGCCAGGCUCCACCUCAUGGUGGCCACACAGGAGCACACGGCCAUCCAGCAGGCCCACGACGACCUCUUCGAAGAAGCGGACGAGGUGGAGUCGACGCACCCCGACAGCUUGGAUCUGUCAUGGGGCCAUGUCCGGCCGCUGUUCUUGUCGCUGUUGCGCGGCAAGGCGCCGCAUCUGUGGAGGACCUCCAGCCUCCUGCAUGUCCUGGGCAGUGUCACGACUCUGUGCUGCGUCGACAAAAAGGGGAUUCUGUCGUGGCCGAACCCAACGCCAGAAAAAGUGUUCUUCCUCAAGCCGCCACGGUCACGAGGUAGCAACAGUCACACAUCCAACUUUGGUGGCUCGGGCAACGUCCGUAACUCGGGCCACUUCGAUGCUAGUUCCGACAUUGUAACGGAGGACGGACCAACUACACCUGGAGCCGGUGACUCGAUGCUUGAGGCAGGGGGCAAGGGACUGACCGUUGACAACGGCCCACUGAGGCACGAGUCAGGAGGCUUGUCGGGCUACGACGCGCCGGACCACAUGUACCAUCCGGGUACCCACGUUGAGGUGCUGGACCUGACUCAUAGCAUGCUGUCGGCCUUCGGGGUCCAGUUCGAUGACCCCCAGUGGAAGGACUACAUCAACAACCUUAAGCCACUUGGCCUGAGCAUCCUGCUCAACACUUGCAACCCGGCCACCCAGGAGAAGUACGCCCGCUUCUGUGACCACAUCGCUUGUGAGAGCCUCCACAAUGAGUCGGCUGUUCCUGUUGUCAACAAGCGGUGCCUCUGCGAUCUGGCGGUCCAGAUGGGUUUCACAGAGCGAGCUGUUGAAGCAUACCAGCACCUUCAACACGUGGCACUCUUCAGGCAUGUGCAACCAGAAGUGGUCCAGAAAGGCAGGCUGGCCCGGUCGCUCAACUUUCCACGCCUCAAGAUGCCUUUUCCCAGCAUGUGCUGUGCCGUCGUAAAAGAGGCACUGUCAGGAACGCUGCAGAUGUUCACCCAAGGCACCGCAGACCUGGUUCUGGACAUGUGCUCCGAGUACUGGGACGGCCGAGACCUGUGUCCCCUGAGCGACUCCGACCGCAAGCGGAUUCUGGACUUCUACCAGCGGUCCAGCCUAACCUCCUAUUGCUUGGCAUUCGCCUACGCUCCACUGCUGCCAUCGCUGCUUCUCAACCCGGCUCUCGAAGGCAGCUACCUACAGCUUCCACCUGAUAGUAGUCACCUGUUUCGCUCAUCCGGCAAGAAGGUGGGCGGAGCGGCGCUGACCCUAAGCGUUGGUCCGGAGGCCGACAAGACGCAGAGCCACCACCUGAGCACGGACUCCGUGUGCCACGACGAGGAGACGAUGGUGAUGGACGCGGCCGGCCGGGAGCAGGCCCUGGAGGCCACCGUGGAGCGGCUCAGGAACCAGGUGUUCAUCGGCAUGGUCACCAUGCAGUACCAGGCCUGCCCGGACUUUGUGAAGCUUGUGGAGCAGCUCGAAGAUGCCUGCAUCCGGUUUGUUCACUUCUCCAAGGAGAAUGAACUGCGUAGCCGGGGCUUCUCUGAGAAGAUGGGCCUCGAAUCUGGCUGGAACUGCCACGUCUCUCUGCUCAGCGACCGGCACAGGACCGACAGCAAUGCGUCAACCUGCCACCAAUCACAGAUGUCGGCCAGGAGUGUGACAUCCGUUCCCUCGAGUAACCUGGCUGUGGUGGCAGGCGACCCUCACGGAGUCAGCAUCGUGGACGGCAAGUCGACGAGCCUUGCAUUCAAAGAUUUGCACUGGUUCGGCACGCAGGCUCCACCGCGGAGCAUCAGCGCCCCCAACCUGGUGCACUCCGAAGUGAUUGGCGGUCGCUACGGUGAUUCGCCGCAGUCUCGUACGAGUGCCAACAGGACGGGAGACACCGCAGGAGGAAAUGCGAGCGGCGACGAGUCUGACCCUCUGUGGACUCACGGUGACUCGGCGUGCCCUUCUCCGAGCAGUGCCACCGAAAGCAGCACCGACAGGGGAGCACCAGUUGCCUUCGACAUCUCCAAUCGGGCCAAGCUGCCCCGGGGCAUCGAGAACAUCCGGCCACACAUUGAGCACGUGGACAACGUGCCCCUGCUUGUGUCCCUGUUCACGGACUGCACGCCCGAGGCCACCCUGGAGAUGGUGCGCAUCAUGCAGGAGUACGGCGAGGUGGUUGGCUGCAUUGGCAGCGCCGCCAGCCUCUACAACCUGCCUGUCUUCCUGCAGGCCGACUGCAGCAUAGCACUGGAACCUCUGGCCCCGCAGUUGUGUGCACGGCAGUUCGCACCAUCACCACUGCCGUCGACCAGGGUGUCGGUGACCCCCCGGGCCCUGGCACACACCCUGGGUUCAUUGCCCUGCGUGCUGAGCAGCCCCCGGGAGAAAAGCCUCAGCCUCUAUCAUCUCAUCUGGGAGGCUCGCCACUUCAGCCAAGCAGUGCGCAGUGCCAUGCAGUUCCUGCUCUGCUGCUGCUUGAGCCUGACCUUGGUGCAGACGCUCGCGGCGCUGGUGGCGUUGCCGCCCGCACUGUCACCUGCCCAGCUGUUGUGGCUGCUGGGGGCACUGUUGCCCGCACUGGCGCUGGCGCUUGUGUUCGGGGGCAGCGCCCACGACAACCCCCGCGUCAUGACCACGGCGACAGGCAAGAGCCACCCACGCGUCAACCGACAGGUGGUGCUGUUCUUCAUCUGCUGCUACUGUGCCAAGUUCUGCCCAUCUGUGCUAGUCACACUGGCGUGCUUUGCCCUAGCACUCACCCAUUCCUGCCAAACCAGUGGCUUCACCCCGUGUUGGCCCUUCUUCUCACAUGGAGGGUCUUCUGAGGAAGGGUCUGGCAUGCCAGCUGUGUCCUGGGUCUCUGGUCUGGCACUGUGCCAAAACGUCACUGCCUUCUUUCUAGUCCUAUACUUUGUGGCCAUCUCCAUGAGCUUUGUCCACCGGUCACAGCCAGCGUGGAAGAAGAAUCCAGCCUCUAACCGGUGCUGGCUUGUCACAAGUCUCUCCGUGUUGCUGUUGCAGCUGUGUUUCUGUGCGUGCAACAUCUGGGCGCGAGCGUCGGAGCCACUGGACGUGGUGCUUCCGAUGGUGCCACAGUACGUGUGGCUCACAGGGUUCCUCUGGACACUCUUGCUUCUGCCGCUCAACGAAGUUGUCAAGAUACACGAGAUUAGGGCGAAUCGUCGGCAGCAAAAGCGGGCCCGGCUCGAUUUUGGGACCAAGCUCGGCAUGAACUCUCCGUUCUGAGGUCCCUGCUGCAUAAGUUCUGGAAACUUCUCGACAAACGGGCUCUGUGAUCUCUCUAGAACCCUCGCGGUACAUUGUGCCGACACUAUACUGCCUUCCAAGAUGGCCGCUCGCCCGACAAAGGCUGCACCAUACCUUCAAAGUUCCUCAUACACAGUGCGUGACGUAGAAUAGUGACCAGACUCGUGGAGUGGUACCACCACGAUUGAUUCAGUGCUUACUGCCGAGGCUCCCAAAGGUGUACAGUGGAUGCUCACAGGUGCACAAGACGGUUGUACCACUGCAUUUUCGGAUCAAGGUUGAGACCUGCCACAUUGCUAAAGGAGGAGGGGAUGCUUUGUCAGGUUGUGAACUCAAGACUGCGUGCUGGGCCGUAAAGGGGCACUAGAGGCCCACAGUGUCCCUCUGGCCUUGCAGCAUUGCUGUCUCAGUGUUGUGCUUUGAGGAUUCGUAGAAUUUUGUCAUAGACUUGUCGGUUCUGUCCUGUCUUGACGUUUCCCGUCGCCCCUGGGAAAGCGGGAGCUGCUGUCGACGAAGUGAGCGGAUGAAAAGGAAGAUGGGAAAUGAGCAGCCUCACUCUGCAAGACUGGCCAAGCAUCGUGGACGUUGCACAUGCUAUAGCAGGUCCAUUUCUGUUCCAUCCAAUGUGCAUGCAAUGACAGGACGAGAACAUGCAUGCGACGACAGUAUGAAUAUGUGCGUACAAUUACAGGACAGGUAUGUCCAUGCAAUGACAGGCCAAAAACGUGCAAGCAGUGACAGGAAACAUAAAUGACAGGAUAAGAAUCUGCGCACAAUGACAGGACUGGUUCCUGCAUGCAACGACAGGCCUAAAACCUGCACACAAUGACAGGGCAGUUAUGUGCAUACAGUGACAGUAUGAGAGAAUGUGCGCACUGUGACAGGACAGGUAUGCACAUGCAAUGGCAGCAUGAGAGUAUGUCAUGAAAUGACAAGACAGCCAUGCACGUGCAGAGACAGGAUGGGUAGGUGCACAUAGUGGCAUGACAGGUAUGCACGCUGCAGUGACAGGAUAAGAACAUGUGUGCAAUGACAGGAUGAGAAUGUGCGUACAAUGACAAGGAUGAGAACGUGAGGACCUUAAAGGAGCACUGAAAAACUUUUCUUGGAACCUGAGAAAAAUGCUGGAAUGAGUGCGAUGUCCUUCAGUGAAUAUCAAUGGUGAUUUAAGUGAAUGCAGUGUUUACAUUCCUCGUUCAGAAGAAGAACCGAAAUUUGGGCUAGUUCGUGUAGACUCAUCGGGGUGUCUAAUUGCCGAGCAGAACAGUUUAAGAAGAGGAUGGACAGCAGAGCUGUUUUCCAUCCUCUCCUUAAACUGUGUUCUGCUUUCCACUUAAGACACCUCAUAUUUCCAUUCACUCUCAGCUCAUCGGUUCCUCUCAGGUGGGUGGCACCGAUAGCAGCAUCCUGCCUAUCCUCUUCUUUCUUUUUCUUCUUUCUGCGGUGUGCUUUUGGUACUGACCUUUCGAGGUAUGCGUCUGACAGCGCUAUCCUGAGAGCGAUACAAGUGCAGUGACACAAUGGGCUGGAUGCGUUAACAAUCACCGCUUCCCUGCUUGCUGGAAGGUUGGAGUGGACUGCAUGCCUGUGUGAGCUUUCAUUCAGGAAUAACCCGUAGUUACGAACAAUCACGCAAUGGCUGGCAUCUAUGGGCUGUCGCACGGGUCUAUGACAUCAUAGGCAGAACAUAAUAGAGGUUGGGGGCCUCAAAAGCCGGAAAAGAGAGCUAGCAAUCUGUUAUGUGAUAUUGUGGGCUUCCCUACUGCAGGUACAGUUGGACCUCGUUAUAACGAAGUUGUAUCUGACACGAAAAUGCAUUCGUUAUAUCUGAUAUUUGUUAAUGCAUAUAUUUGCUACACGCUAAUAUUGGCGAGAAAUUUUUAUGUUUACUUCAUUAUAUCCGAUAAUUCGUUAUAUCCGUGUUCGUUAUAGCGAGGUUUAACUGUAGUAGAAUAACAUUUGCCUUGCAUGGAAGCACUGUCUACAGAUGGGAAAUGUUCUCUUACUAUGUUCAAUUAGUGUUUCAGUGCUUCUUUAAAGGGAAGCUUCAGCUUGAAAUCAGUUUCCUUAAUAAAAUACACAGAAAACACAGAAAUACGCUCAUUAUAGGCAACUGCUAGACUGGCUUGGAUGAAGUUUGUUGCAUGUGAGUCAAGAAAGCUUUUAUGUUCCGCCGACUGUUGAAAUUAGAAUUUUGAUUUAGGGCUUUGAAUGUUUCUUAAAGUUUUUUUAUAUAUAUUUUUUUUAAUUGAGACACCACGUUUACAACAUUAUGACUGGCCACCAUUACCCCUUCAGACACCAAUUAUGAUCGACUGUCGAUACAUGUGUGAAACAUGCGUAAUUUUAUGCCAGGGUGCUUGAGACUCCUCUGAAAGCAAAUCAAGGUGGUAGAGUUGCUGUGUGUGCAUUUUAUGAUGAGUCAUCAUAAUUACAGAGUAACUAAAUAUUUGAACAUUGUAAAGUCAGUCGUGCUACGUUUCUUCAUGAGAAGGAUUGAAUCACCCGCUCGAAUUGCAUGCACAAGUUAUUUAUUGGCCACAGGCAUUUCAAGAAACAAAAACAAAACAUUUCGAGGUUGCUACCGACAUGCCCCAUGUCAAACGUCACGUAAAACACGGUAGUGCCUUCACCAAAGCGAUACUCUGUAACGAUACAUAUCACUCGGAAGUAAAAUUGAAGUAAUAUAUUUGACUUAGAUUGAAGCGCACUGUAGACAGGGACACAGAAAACAAGUAGACAGAACAGAAUUAGCCCAAUUCGCCAUCUUGUUGAAGUAAUAUAGCUUAGCGGAAUGUUCAAUUUACUCUAAGCUUGAUGUUUGUGCUCUAUUCCCUGCUACCACUGCACAAAAGUGGCAAAAAUAGAUCGCAUCCACUGCCAUGUCUCAAGAAGAUAAACAGAAAGUACAAUUCUGUAAAUUGUAUCUUUUAGAGUCUCUAAAGCAGGCAAACAUGAUAUAUUGGUUUACAGUUUAAGCACAAAUCAUUACAUUGCUUACUUGAUUUUUUCUCCUGUUUACAAUUUGUCUAAUUCAAAACAGUCUACUAUAAUAUAUCAAUUUUGGGCACUUUGCAUUGAUACUGUUCGCAGUGCUGUAAUAUUUGUUUCUUCUGUGAAGUUAAUCUUGAAACAUAAGGCUUCAUUUUUACUGAACUUUUCCGACCUUUGGCAGUUUCUUUAAAAAGUUGAAGGUACAAGUAAAAAGUCCAACAGCUUAUGAAUACAACUCCAUUAUUUAAUUGCAACAAACUUUAUAAAACAGGUUCAGUUUAUGACAAUGAAGACGAUUUCUCUAUUUCUGUGUGUUAAUGCAGGAGGUCCCGAGGUUAACUUACAGACGAAGGUGUAUCAUCAUACCUUCUUCAAAGUCUGAAGCUGCUCAGGUGCUGCGUGUGCUCAUAUUUUCCACUUGAUGGGACAGGUGACUUUAUUGCAGGACAUGUGACAGAAGUCUUUGCUUCUUGUUAUCAACAUUCAGAAUAUGCCGAGUGGUGUCGCCUACAGAAUGUGGCUGUUGUACUGCGCCGAACUGUUUGCAUUGGUGUGAGUGGUGCCAGGAAUAACUGUGGCUUGACGUGGUGACUCUGCACUGCUCCGAACUGUCUACAUAGGCGUGAGUUGCUUGGCGAAUGACUCGGGCUUCUGAUAUGGUGAAGCUCUUGCUGCACCUUCGCUCGGUUCUGUGACCACAUGCUGAACAGAACUGUGUUAGCAAGGUGCAUUGUCAAAGCAUGUUUGCAACUUAUGAGAGUGCAAGUCCAGUAGCCAGUCAUGUGACAACGUUGAUAUUCCAUGGAAAUACCGUACAGCUAAUGAUGUCUGCUAUUGACGAGAACAAGGAACGAGUGAACAUACAUACGCUGCUGACUGGCAAGUGAAAGGGUUUUGAUUUGCAUGUUUCCUUUUUUUUUUUAUUAAUGUGUCAUUUAGGUCAAAAUGUCAACCAUAUUGUGCUUGCACACAUGUGAACACUACGACAAAUACAACUCAGGAACCAGGACUCUUUAGUGUUGUUAAAAUUAAGCAGCACAUUGUUGCAGUUAUAACACGGCUUUGCAGCCCUCUGUAGUAACCAGAGUCAAGGGCUUAGAGAAACUGAAACAGCGCACACAACUAUUUGCAAAGCAAGUGCCAGUAAUUCUGAAACUUUCAGCAGUCACGAAAGUUUUAAAUAAAAGAUGUGCGCACAGAAAACCAAACACAUUUUUUGGGCUAUAACAACUAAGCACAUGUUGCGUGUUAAACUUCCAUUGCUGUUUUAGAUGCUUUGUGUCUAUGUGACUCAAAAAUAGGGUAGUUAGCAGGUUGGAAACAAUUGUGCAUUUGUUUUUAUCCUCUGGAAGGGGAAAGCAGCGCAUAAGACGAGGACUAAGAAAGAUUGGCAACACAUGGAACACCAUCUAGCCCAAUAUAUUCAAUCCCUUAUGCAUUUCUUAUCCUCGCCUUUAGUACUGCUGCAUUGGCACACAUGUAGCGAGAGUGGUCACAGUUCCAGAGUUGUUGGCUUCCCGUCCGAUCAAACGCUUCAGGAGGUGCUUGAUUUGUUGGGGCAUCCUUCACGUCCAUAAGCCAUUUGAGAUUUUUAAAGCGUUAGCUUUUCUUAGCUCGUUGCUUCGGUUUCGCACCGUUGGCGUGAUCCGCAGCAAGAAAGGCAAGAGAGGCGCCAGAAGGUGCCUCCAUUGGUGGAAGCGCACGUGACGCCGCGUGCACUUCCUCUAACGGGAGAGCACAGUUCGGUCAUCUGGACGUAAAGCUUGGUUCCCUGUAACACCGCCAGGUAGUCUUACCUUCCACACAUCACUGGUAGCGGAACACACCGAUUGUGCCCACAAUAUUGUGAAAGCUUUGUCGCGGUGCGAUCACACCUUGCCUUCCCCUUCGCGAGGCUGUGGUGGUGCGGCCAUUUGCCACCGCGUCGCGUUAAACAUAUGGUGUUUACGAGAGCUCUGGCAGCUGGUGACUUGCCCGGCUGCGCCAGUGUAUGCUUAGAAAGCCAGUGAGCACUCGAGCAUUGGAUAGUAGUGUAGUGCUUUAAACCAGAACACUAUAAAACAUCCUUUAUGCUGAAAUGGCAUGGAAGAAGCAGGACCUUCAGACCCCCAAGCGAUUUGGCGAGCUCGAGAUCAGGCACGAGAAGGCCUAGCCCACACCACAGCUAAUGCUUAAACAUCUGCGUGACACUCUUGUAACCGUCCUGCGACUUUUCUUUUCUAAACAAAUGUCAAAUGAGGCUUGAAUACAUCUUAGGGAAGUCUUGAUGCCAGCUAAACUCCUUUUUAAGGUAUCAUUGUUUUAAAUAUAGCUCAUGCAAGAUUUUUUCGUGUGCAUUUUAGAAGUAGGUGACUAAAGUGUACUAGGCAAACUUGUUCUGAAAAACUUGGAGCCUACGGUCCUUGAACUCAAGAGUGCAAGAAUUGGACCUGGGCCUCACACAGAGUCAGAAUCUGUGCCUUGUGAACUUGAUGCAGCGUAGAUGACGUUCUGGUCGAGAUUCACAAUGAAAAAAAUGAAGUUGGGCAGGCCAGUGAGUGCCAAGUGAGUGCCAGAAUGGAUGCCAAGGGAAGGAAAAUGCUGCAGAUAAUAGCAAAAAAUGGAUGGCGAGAUUUUGAAUUUGCAGGCAUGGGUGUGUUUGAUUUAUGUAGGACAUUCAUAGUUAUUUUGAGGUCUCUGGAAGAAGCCUUUGGCCGUCAUCUUCAUCAUCAUCAUUUUUUGAGGUGGUAGCAAGAGCGUACUAUACAGUAGUAGCUGUUUAGUUUUUCUCAAUGUUUUAUUGGUGCUUGAGCCACAAUUCCGUUCAUGAGCAUAAUUUUCCUAGACGUGUAACUAAAUCCACUUUCUUCAUGUCAAGCCCACUUCCCUCAGUGUUGCCAACUGAAUAAUAUGCUACAUACUGCCUGCAGCGCGUUUUUUUUAAUUACUAUAAACUUUUGUUUUAUUGUUAGCUUAGACUGUUUCAGCGCUUCCCAAACUUUAAAAAAAAAUUGAAAUGCGAGUGCUCUUGGUCCUGAAAAAAGCAGCGUCGUCACAGAACUAACUGUUGGUUUUAAUUUAGCCAGAAUUAAUCUUCGCAUACCCUAAUUUCUAGCAGCAUUCUGCACACAAGUUCAGUUGGGUAAUUUUUCCACACAUAAUAAGUUGGCCCACUUUCGCACUGCCUGAUGAAGUGUACAGGCACUGUACAGCACAUAAAAAACUACACAGCUUGGAAAUUGGCUCUCGCGAGCUGAAUCGAACACAGCAGGUCAUUGGUAUUUUUUUAAUGUCAUUUUAGUGUAGUGUACUUAUUACUCCUAUGAAACAAAAGCACCAAUGUCACGAGCAUCUGGCUUAGUGACUUCAUAGUUCUGACUGGGCAAAUUUUGUCUCUUUGAUAAGCAACAUUCACUUGCAAAGUGAAAGUUGUAUCACUCUUUCGUUGCACCAGUAGUUUAGACGUGACUUGUUAUCUAUGAUGCCAUGAUAAGAAAUACCAUUUGCAAGAAAUCGCUGGCAUCUUGAGGUACCAGCAAGUGUUGUGCGUAGUAUUAGAAAACCUAGCAACAUUAUUGACAGUGUGAUCGUCAGUGAUUGGACUGUGAUUGACAAUGUACAGCACUAGAUGGUUAAUCUUGUGGGGCUCCUUGUCAAACCUCUGUAAAGGUGGAGGGGCAGACUGACCUUUAAUGUGCGUGUUUUACAAACUGUUAGUUUUCUUACCGUAGAAAUGUUUCGAGCUACUAGGUGCCGAAUCACAUACGCACGCAAUGUGUUUGGUUCUAAAGCAGGAUUUCUGGGCCAUUUCAUCCUCCUAGACGCUUGUUUAGCACACUGUGUAAAAAGUCUCGCAACUGAAUGUGGGUUGUCAUUGCUCCACUGUACCUCUGAAAUUUCAGGUGUGAAGCAUGGCAAUCUAUCUAGUAUCAUUUAGCUCACUUUGACAUAUCCACAUUUACGCUGAGCACGACUGUAUUGCAGAGGUUCAGGAGGGCGGCGAAGGACUUUUUGAAGCCAGUGUCUCACGCUUUAGAUAGAAGACACUUGCAAUAGCCAAAGCCGCAGAGUUCAACUUUAUUCACCGAGCCCGGGCCGGGAUAACGUAACGAUUCAAAUUCUUCACCUUCUCGCGCUUCGGCAGUGGUCAAAGCAGCGCUCCAUCUACUAUUUCAUUGCCAUCAGAAGUGGUGAAUGAUAACGAAGGAUAUCGAAUCCCUUGUAACAAAUCCUUACAUUGUACCGGCCCUGCGUUUCAAAGAAGUACUGAUAAGAUAUUUUGGUCAUUUUUAUGCGGUGAAUGGAGGCACAUAUCCUCUAAGCCCUAGAAAAAACACUGGUAAGCAUCGGAGUACCUCGAAAAAUGCAUUUGUGCUUGUUUCUGCAAAAAUAUCUGUGUUGGUACCCAGGAGGUGUGUGCACUGUGACGCCAUGUUACGCCAACUUUUGUUUCGGUCCUCCAAUCACUGCUGAUGCCGCACGUGAAUGCAGCCACAAGUGAUGUGCGUAGCACUCUUGCUUAUACCCUUUUUUUUUUGUUGUUGUUGUUUUACAAGCAACAUCAUCAUACCUAUAAGUGCUACGACUUGGGCUAGUUGGUUGUAUGUUCUUGGUUUUCUUACCGAGCCUGUUUUGGGAACACAAAGCACAGGCAGGAGCACAAACUGACUGUUUUCUUUCAUGCACGUGAGCAUGACAUUCGUAGAGUGUGUGCUACCUAUUCAUAUAGAAAAGGUAGAUAAUAUAGUUAGUUUGCGUUCCUGUGUUUUACAUUCCAAAACAGCACAGCAAGAAACCUAAGAAUCAUCACACUUAACUUUAUCGCUACACAGUGUCAGCAAACUUUCCUUUGUGUCAUAGUGUCACGAUGAUGUCAAUAACGACAGGUUUGGCCUUUCGAGACCAACUUUUGUAUGAAGUUAAAAUAUCUCAUGAGUGUUUUCCAAUGUUCAUAAUUGCCAAGUUUGAUCCUUUUACGUGCAAGAAGCGUGCAGUAGCAUUUCUAUAACCUUGAAAAACGUGUGUCAGUACUCUUUUAACUUAAAAUACUCCGAAACUUGGAAGAAUUUACGGAAAACAAGAAAAUACUGGUCUAUUUUUCUUACAAUCUAAUUUUGCACAAUGUUUGGCAUGCUGAUAUCAUUAAGAGUGAAAGUGACCACAGAGAUGCCAUUGCAGUAAUUUUGAGAUUAAUUUGGGUUUUUGUUAAUCAUAUGUGACUGUGACAUUCUGAAUUGCAUAAGACAUUACUCCAGACACCUGAUCUCGCACAACUUUGCUUACGAUCAAUUGCACCGAUUCUUUCUGUUAUGAUCUUUUAGACGGUAUUUCAGUGUCACAGUAGGUGCCUCACCUGAUCUUGCAUGAAGCCAAGGACAGUAGAAAGUGUGUUGUUGUUCGAACGUUCCUGGUCAAUGUGUUUAGUUUGGUUUUGAAGCAGAGUGUUGCUGUUGUAAAACUUUUUGUUCUGAUAAACGCAACACCCUUCUCUUAUUGAA